AUCAAAAUUAACAGUAAAAAAAAAAUAAUGAAGAUGACAAAAGUUUUUGUGAAUUUUGUUCUUAUUGUGGUACUAGCAGUGUCAUUGUUCAGCUCUGAAGUUUUUGCCUCACCGGCGAUCAAUAUACUUGGAUAUGAUUAUUGCAUAGAUACAUGUUCAAAGGCAUUAAUAGAACCUCAAUGCAAGGACAAGUGCUUGAGCAAGCAACAGUAUUCGGAUGGAGCAUGUAUAGGUUCUGGGAAAGUUUUACAAUGUUGUUGCAAAAAAUGAUAACGAUCGAUGAUAAUUCAAGUAAACUGGCGAUUUAAGUUAUCUUGUUUGCUAUUCUAUGAACUAAAAGUUAUUUUAAUAUACUUUCUUUUCUAAUAUUUAUUUAUAUUUUGUUUUUGGGUCGUCACUCUUUUUAGUUUCUAAUUUAUUAAUUGAUUAGAUAGAUUUUCAUUAUUAAUUAUAAAAUACAUAAAAUAUUAAUUUAUCAG